UUUCACCGCUUUCUAAGGAAAACCGCGCCAUACCCUCCCUCCAUACUAUGGUCAGUCUGGGCCAGUCGUGAAAGACUGUUCACUGUUCGCCGUUGCCGUUUGUUACAGUUCCCAGCACAAAAGUAGACUGGUCAAACCUCAAUUCUACCCUUCUUCUUUCUUCUUCUUCUUCUUCUUCUUCGUAUUCAUUUCCGACAUUUUUAAUAUACUAUUUAAAUCCUCUGGACCCCCGCCGCGGAGCUUCUCAGUUCUCACCCCUACCCUUUUGCUUUUUCUCAACUUGCAUCCAAAGCCUAAAAUAAUUCUAGCAGUUCUGCGCACUAAAGUAAUGCUAACACUUUCAGCUGUUUCAGACAACCCAUAACGAAGCUCAAGAACUCAAAACAUACUUAAGUCAAACUGAUAUUUCUGCUUAAUGGCGAACUUGUACGAUACAGCAAACUGUUCUUCUUCAUCCCCAGAUGACCCGGACGAUUUUUCUCUUUUCUUGCAUCAAAUUAUGCUUCGAUCACGUACUUCUUCUUCCACAAGUUUUAUGGCUCAGAAGGGUAACGAGGUGCAGUCUUAUCCUGGAAAUCAAGGUUGUGGGUUGCAUUUGGUUUCCAGUACUGAGCGGAUCUCUAUACCGGAGGCCCCUUCAGCUGGACUGCAGCACUGGUCUUACGGUGGGGGUUUUACUUCUCCGGGGUUGGGGUCUUUUUGCCAGGAGAGUGGAGUGAAUGUGUCAUCUUCUUCGGUUUCUGUUGCAACGAUGGAUAAUGAUCUCAAUGACUAUGAUUGUGAAAGUGAGGGUUUGGAAGUUCUGGAGGAGGCCAUGGUUAACCCAACUGCGCCCCGCAACGCGUCCAAGAGGAGUAGAGCAGCUGAAGUUCAUAACUUAUCUGAAAAGAGGAGGAGGAGCAGGAUAAAUGAGAAAAUGAAAGCACUACAAAAUCUGAUACCCAAUUCGAACAAGACCGAUAAGGCUUCAAUGCUUGAUGAAGCCAUUGAGUACCUCAAGCAACUUCAGCUACAAGUACAGUUGUUGACAGUGAGAAAUGGUUUAAGCCUAUAUCCCAUGUGUCUUCCUGGAGUGUUGCCAUCGAAUCAAGUUCCUGAAACAAGAACGGAGUACGAGGAUAACAGAUCCUUGGACAUGAGCUUGGCGAGUGCACUUCCCCUGAAGCCGGUUACCCCUACUAAUAUCCUGUUCGAUCUACCUGACAAUUUUAAGAAAGCUAAGCAGGCAUCAGAUGUUAAUCAAUCCAAGCUGAGUGAUUCAGAAGAUGCAUUUGCACCAGCAUCAAUUAUUCAUGGUAAUCACAGACCAAUUCAGUUCCCGCUACCUGGAACUUCUAAGAAGGGAACUUGCAUGGGGCAGAAAUCACCCAGUCAACAAGCAAACCAGGAUCUUUCUAGAAGAAAAUCAGUAGCGAAGCAUAUAGGAGCUGAAGCAACAGGAUCAACUGCUCUCAAUGCACUACCAUCUGGUUUGGAGCAAAAUAUUCUGGAAGCAUGGGUCCUUGGAAGGGACCAAUCGGGAGGAAGGCUGCUUAAAAAUAUGGAGUGCAAAAAUCUUCUUUUGUCACAAGUAGAUGGCACACAGACCGGACCGAGUCCAUUGGUUGACGAUAGUAUCAAAGCAGAAAGAUGCGACUUUUGAGAAUCUCAAAAACGGGGAAGCAGUGACUCCCGUGGCAUUUGGUAACACCAGAACACUCUCGCGACAAUUACAUCUGCUCGUGUGAUGCCUGGGAGUACAAGUUUUACUGACUCGAGGAUUAGCUGAUUCACUGUUGUUUAUGUUAGAAUUGGACGUCUACAAGUGAACUCUAGAUUCUCUACUGUUGCAGAAAGCGUAUGGCUGCUCACCAUGUCUAAUCUAAUGGUACCAUUUCUUGGCGCUUACGAAGCUAUUGCGAUCACACAAUCUGUUGAAUUGGAUAAGCUUGGUGGUCUCUAUACAUUCAUUCUGCAGCUAGAAUGUAAUCCUUCGUCUGUUGGAGAAAAUAUGAACAGCGUAAUCAGUUUUCACGCGUGUUUCAGGGAGGAUCGAAGUCAUUAGCUUAGGACUGAUGAGUGUAUUACGCAAUCCACCAACUCCACAGGGACACGGCCCCUAUUUUGCUUUAGUCUCCCUGUCUCGUGAAAAUUAUUCGCCUUUUGCUAUGAGGACUCGUUAGCGUCUUAGCAACGCCAAGCUUCAAGUGUUCGGGGUGAUGGUAUACUCCUUCUUCACUUGGAUGAUGGGGUAUUGGAUUCCAAUUUGGCUAAUCAAAACAAGGAAACAAAUGUUCUAUAAAUUAUAUUAUCUCAGUAAUAUAUUCGGUGGAACUGUUCUUGAUGUCAGGACUGACCGGCAGUGCAUAAAAAUUUAGA